UGUUGUAAGUGAGAUGAAUUGGUAUUACAGUUUUUAUUUGUUUUAUUGCAGCUCUCUCACUCCUAGGCAUCUAGCACACCUGAAUGGGAUCCAUGACCAGUAAAAAUAAUGUGACUGAGUUAAUUAUCACCGGCCUUUUCCAGCAUCCACAGGUGCAGAGAGUAUGUUUUGUGGUGUUUCUUCUCCUGUACCUGGCCACGGUGGCGUGCAAUGGCCUCAUUGUGUUGACAGUCAGUGUCAGCAAGAGUCUGCGUUCCCCCAUGUACUUCUUCCUGAGCUACCUGUCCCUGGUGGAGAUCAGUUACUCUUCCACUGUUGUCCCUAAGUUCAUCACUGACUUACUUAUCAAGAUCAAAACCAUCUCCUUGGAGGGCUGUCUGGCACAGAUAUUCUUCUUCCACUUCUUUGGUGUGACAGAGAUUCUCUUGCUCACAGUGAUGGCUUAUGACCGCUACGCGGCCAUCUGCAAACCCCUGCACUAUACAACCAUCAUGAACCAGGCUGUGUGUCACCUUCUGGUGGCUGGCUGCUGGCUGGGGGGCAUAAUUCACUCCAUGGUUCAGAUCCUUGUCACUGUCCAAUUGCCCUUCUGUGGCCCCAAUGUAAUUGACCAUUACUUCUGUGACCUCCAUCCCCUAUUCAAGGUUGCCUGCACCGAUACCUUUGUGGAGGGUGCUAUUGUGUUGGCUAACAGUGGCUUAAUCUCUGUUAUAUCUUUCCUCAUCUUGGUAUCUUCUUAUGUUGUCAUCUUAGUCAACUUGAGGAAUCAUUCUGCAGAGGGAAGGCGCAAAGCUCUCUCUACCUGUGCCUCCUACAUCACAGUGGCCAUCUUGUUCUUCGGACCUGCCAUCUUCCUCUACAUGAGGCCAUCUUCCACCUUCACUGAGGAUAAACUGGUGGCUGUUUUUUACACAGUCAUCACUCCCAUGCUGAACGCCAUUAUCUACACACUCAGAAAUGCAGAGGUGAAAAAUGCUAUGAGAAGGUUAUGGGAUAAGAAGGUGAACUCAGGAAUAGAGUGAAAAUGAAAACAUGAAAAAACAAAAUACAACAAAAACAAAAAACAACUCACAAACAGGGUGAUCAACUUUGCGAUAUGAUUUUAGCCAGCCAUGAAAGAAGAGAGAAAAAGUUAACCUGUUUAUAUUUUUCUUUUUAUGUUAGGUGAGCUAUGUUUACUCCAUGGUACCAGUUAAAGCCCUGUCGUAUUUGUCAACAUUUUGGAGAAUUUCAGAUAUUAGGUUACUUUCCUUCUUUUCUUCAGUAGUCUAUAGUGCAAAGUGCAUAGGUUUUAGGGAGAGGUCACCUAGACUAGAACCUCCACCCUAUUGUCUACUAACUGUGUAAUCUUGGAUUCAUUCACUUCACCUCUUGGUGUUAGCAUGCUGUGGUAUGUGGAAAUAUUGUGACACUCAGAGACAGAGGGUCAUGUAUUCCUUUGUUUCUCCUUACUGGUGGGACUUUGAGGGAGUCCCAAAAAGUCUCCUCUGCUUCAUUUGGUGACUCUACCCCAUUAACCUGCUUCCAAAUGCCUGAAAUUCCAUAGUAGGAACUUCAUUUCAUGGGUAAGGGGAAUUGUUAGACUCAAAUGUAUCUGGGAGGCAAAAUACAAUAAAACUUUAGUAAACAUUAAUAUCUUAGCCACAACAAUUUUAUAAGACCCUUCUGUUUCUAUGCACUGAGGUAAAGAGAGCAAUGCAGUCAGAAAUACAUUCAGUUA